AUGAGGAAUCGCCGUUUCAAUGAAACAUUCAUACGACGGGCUAUAAUCUGUUCAUUAGCAAUAUUUUUUAUAUCUGCCAUACAGAUGGUUCGUUUAAAUUCAGAAGAACAACAACAACUGCAAAAACAACUAAUAUCAUUUCAACAACAACAAACUAUAAAUUUUCAACGACGAAAAUUAUUGGGUAUUUUACCGGAAUGUAAAAUUAAUGAAACGAAGAGAGUCGUAACAGAUUCAAACGAUGCAGGUCAAUUCCCGCCAGAUCAAUUUACUCUCGAACAACGACGCCAUGGAGCAAUAAUCCUGCACAUCAUUGGUUUGAUUUACAUGUUCAUUGCGCUAGCCAUUGUUUGUGAUGAAUUCUUUGUGCCAUCAUUGGGUGUUAUCACUGAUAAGUUGGCAAUCAGUGAUGAUGUCGCAGGUGCGACAUUUAUGGCUGCCGGAGGUUCAGCACCGGAAUUUUUUACAUCUGUAAUCGGUGUUUUCAUUGCCCAGAAUAAUGUUGGCAUUGGUACCAUUGUUGGUAGUGCCACUUUCAACAUACUCUGUGUCCUCUCUUGCUGUGCAAUAUUCUCUCAUAGUGUUUUGCAUUUAACGUGGUGGCCUUUGUUCAGAGAUGUAGCAUUUUAUGUGAUUGCAUUAUUCAUGUUGGUUAUUUUCUUCCUAGAUGAACAGAUUUUUUGGUUCGAAGCAUUUGGUUUAUUUUUCAUUUAUUUAUUGUAUUGUACAUUUAUGAAAUAUAAUGAAACUGUCGAAAAUUUCGUUAAAUAUUGCUGUUCGGGUAAAAAAUCAGGAGAAGAGGAAGAAGAAGGUAACAAAGUGCGAGGAACAGAAGAGAAAGAGAAUACAGUAAGAUACAUCGAUGGUAAUACGAUCGUAUCGCGAACACAGUCAGUGCAACACGGUCGAGCAGCACCGGACGAUCAGCAACAACGCAAUUCGGUUUAUGGGAGAUCUAACAGAUCAAACUCAUGCAUUCGAGCAUACGAUAAUACUUCACGUCGUCAGUCUUUUCCAAUUUUGCAUAGUGGCGCAAUUUUCCGGAACGGUUCCAAUGUACAGAAUGAAAAUAAUGGUACAAUGCCGGCGCAAAUUACGCUUGAUGAAAUUGUUCGUGGCUGGAAAUACCAUCCAAAUAAUCAAAAGGCUAACGCAGUUUGUGAAAUGGAACGUAGAGAUUCAGAAAUGGGUCCACGAAGUACUUUGACAAGUAAACGUACCUCAAUAUGUCCCAAUACGGCUUGCGUUUCAGAAAUAAAAGAAAUGCUUGAAGAAGAUGAAGAGAAGCCAUUGGAUAUGUCAUGGCCUGAAAAAUUACAUCGCCAGCUUCUUUAUCUGUUCUUAUCACCAAUUUUAUUCCCAUUAUGGGUGACACUUCCUGAUGUCAGGAAGCAGGAUGCUCGCAAAUGGUUCCCAUUUACAUUUAUUGGUUCCAUUUUUUGGAUUGCAUUUUAUUCAUAUAUAAUGGUUUGGAUGGCUAAUACUAUUGGCGAAACAAUUGCUAUGCCUACAGAAGUAAUCGGAUUAACAAUAUUGGCUGCAGGAACAAGCAUACCUGAUUUAAUCACCAGUGUUAUUGUGGCAAGGAAAGGACUUGGUGAUAUGGCUGUGUCCAGUUCCGUCGGUAGCAAUAUUUUUGACGUGUGCGUUGGGCUACCAAUUCCUUGGUUAUUAUUUUUCGUCGUUGAACCUCUUCGUAAUCCUGGUAACGCUCAGAAUUAUAUUUCAGUUUCCAGCAACGGUUUAAUAUGUAGCGUCGGUAUGCUAUUCAUUAUGCUUGUCGUACUUGUCGCAUCUAUCGCAUUGUCACAUUGGAAAAUGAAUAAAUUAUUCGGUUUUAUUAUGAUUAUAUCAUAUAUUGCAUUUUGUAUUUUUGCAGUUGCUCUUGAGAUGGGUCAUUUUGCAUGUCCACUCAAAAUAUGCUAA